CUUUGGAGAAGGAGGGAGAGGGAGAGAGAGAGAGAGAAAGAGAUUGUACUUUGACCAACUGUACACAGGCACUAUUUACAGAUUGGAGCCCCAGGCAGCGACAACUAGAAGCUGUGUGUGCUACAAACACACACGUAUCCAACUUUCUCAAACUUGGCUUGAACUCCUGGACACAUACUCGUUGGAACCUUGAACACACUCCUUCCCAGUGUGUGUUGGUCUUCCAGUAACCAUGGCUCAGUCUGAAGCUAAUGGCCUCAGCCCGGACCUCUCUAAUGGAGCCAUCAUCCACAGCCCUAUAGGAACCUGUACCAAGCCGGACAGACAGAGACAACAAGAUGAAGAGGAGGAGGAGGAUGUAGAACUAGCAGAGGAGGUGUUAGAACUGGAGGAGGAGGUGGGCGAGGACAUGGAGGACAUUGGGGUGGCAGGUGCAGCUGAUCAUUUCGAAGUGACGAUGCAAGCUAAUGGGAGCGGAGGAAAGGAGGGAGAGGGGGGGGAGAGGGGGAUUGAAGAGGAGGUUGGUUUACAGGAAAAGAGAGAGGGGGAUAAAGGGGAGGGGGAGCUGACCGUGACAGUUGUUGUAAUUGAAGAGGAGGAGAAAGAGCAGGAGGAAUCUGUAGAGGCUGUUGAAGAAGAGAAGUUCGCUGAGAGAGAGGAGGAGUCAGCAGGGGCGGACAAAGAGAGAGAAAUAGAGGAGAGAGAAGAUCCUCUCCCCCCACCACCCCCUAGUUUACCUGAAACUGAGUCCAUUAAUGAUGAGGUAGAGAGGAAAGCCUUGGAGACAUCUCCAGAGGCAGAAAAGGCACAAAUCAUUUUGCCUGUUGAUGAGACAGAGAAGACAGAGGACAAUGUCGGGUUGACGACAACAGAACCGCCAGUCCCGUCAACUAAUGAUGAGGUGGAGAGUAAAGAAGAGCUGUGUACAGAGAGUCGAAAGCCAGAAACUACAUCCACUACAGAUGAGUUAACGAAGGGAGAACAGAGUGGCGGUCAGGAUGAAGAGAUGCUCAUCAGCCAGGUGACUAAUGAUGAUGGCAUGGCGAGAGUGAGUGAUGAAAGCGGGAGUCAAGUGACCGAUGACUGUCAAACGGUGUCCACUAGUGAUGAGGUCAGAGAAACACGGCAGGAGGGAGGACGGGAAGAGGAGCCUAAACAUCAGCCAGCCAAUGACAAUGAAGGAGAGAGCGAGGAAAGUAACAAUAAAUUGGCAAAAAAUCGACAGGUUUCACAAGAAGAGAGGGAUGAGAACCAGCAGGGAAGUGAGAAGAGUACAGAGAAAAAAGAGGAGGAGGUUAAAAGCCAUGUUGCAGAAGAACAGGGAGAGACAACUAAAGCAGUUUUAGAGAAAAAAGAGGAGGGGCAUCAAGCGACAGAGCACCAGCCCCCGUUGUUCGUUACCAAGGAGUUCAUAGAGCUUGGAGUCGUCAAGAGUCAGGCAACCACAGCUCAACAGCCACAGGAUGUUGUCACUCCACCUGUUGAGGUAGAGGGAGGGAGCAAGAGCAAAGCACAGCCACUGAUACAGCCCAAUGAGAGUCAGGAGGGUGAGAACGGCUCUAAAGAGGAGGGAGGUUUACAACAGACAGAACAGCAGCUACAGGUGGAAGAGGGUGACAGUGAUAGGGCAGUGAAGGGAGGUGGUAGGGAGAGGGAAGAGCCGCAACAGGUUGGAGAUAAUGCGGUGGUGGGGAUGGACACAGAAGGCAGCAAAGUAGAGGAGGAGCAAAAGAAGGAGGAUAAUGUAGACAUAGCAGAGGAAGAGAGAAGAGGUGGCGGCGGUAUGGAGGAACAGACGGAAAAGGCUUUGGAGCCUGAUUAUGCUGCCAGAGAAGAGGGGGAAGAAAGAGAAGACAGAGGUCAGCCACAGGUACAGAUACUCAAGGGUUCAGCAGAAGCUACACAGGAGGACGACGACAAGGAUUUAGAGCAUGUCGAGGAGGCUUUCGAGCUUGAGGAGGGAGGAGACAUGGAGAAAGAACAGCCAGGAGAGGUCAUUCUGGAUGAGCCCGGAGCUGCAGAGGUGGGAGGGGCUGAAGAGAUGGAUAAUCCAGUCCAGGUCUCAGAGAUAGGGAUGGGAGGAGCAGAGGGAGGGGGUGAGUUGGAGGAACAGCGAGUGACAAACAUUGACAAUAAUCUAGACUCACAAUCAGAGGUAGCGAUUGAGAUGGCGGAAGAGCCAGAAGAUCUCAUUGAGGAUGAGUCUAAAUCUGCAUUAGAGGGAGGCAGCAAGAGAGUAGAACAGCCAGGGCCUGCCACUAAGGAUGAGCCAGUAAAGUUUGGGAAGGAAUACAAAGUGAAGGAAAGAAGGAAAGAGAAGAAAGAAGAGGUGGAGCUAGGGGUCAAAAGUCGCAAAGCCAGGAUAGAGAAUGGGUUCCCUGGAACAGAGGAGGUGAAACGACAACUGCUGAAUGAGAUGCUGCUAACUCCCACAAGGCUGAAACAAGGAAAAAUGAAAGAGGAGUUGACAGUAAAAAGAGAUAGGGUGACACCCCGCAGAGGGAGCAACGACUGGAUCAAGAAGGAGGCCCCAGAGGAGGUGCAGACCCGCAGAGGGAGCAAUGACUGGAACAAGAAGGUGGCCCCAGAGGAGGUGCAGACCCGCAGAGGGAGCAACGACUGGAACAAGAAGGUGGCCCCAGAGGAGGCGCAGACCCGCAGAGGGAGCAACGACUGGAACAAGAAGGCGGCCCCAGAGGAGGCGCAGACCCGCAGAGGGAGCAACGACUGGAACAAGAAGGCGGCCCCAGAGGAGGCGCAAACCCGCAGAGGGAGCAACGACUGGAACAAGAAAGCGGCCCCAAAGGAGGCGCAGACCCGCAGAGGGAGCAACGACUGGAACAAGAAGGCGGCCCCAGAGGAGGCGCAGACCCGCAGAGGGAGCAACGACUGGAACAAGAAGGCGGCCCCAGAGGAGGCGCAGACCCGCAGAGGGAGCAACGACUGGAACAAGAAGGCGGCCCCAGAGGAGGCGCAGACCCGCAGAGGGAGCAACGACUGGAACAAGAAGGCGGCCCCAGAGGAGGCGCAGACCCGCAGAGGGAGCAACGACUGGAACAAGAAGGCGGCCCCAGAGGAGGCGCAGACCCGCAGAGGGAGCAAUGACUGGAACAAGAAGGCGGCCCCAGAGGAGGCGCAGACCCGCAGAGGGAGCAACGACUGGAACAAGAAGGCGGCCCCAGAGGAGGCGCAGACUCGCAGAGGGAGCAACGACUGGAACAAGAAGGCGGCCCCAGAGGAGGUGCAGACCCGCAGAGGGAGCAACGACUGGAACAAGAAGGAGGCCCCAGAGGAGGCGCAGACCCGCAGAGGGAGCAACGACUGGAACAAGAAGGCGGCCCCAGAGGAGGCGCAGACCCGCAGAGGGAGCAACGACUGGAACAAGGAGGCGGCCCCAGAGGAGGCACAGACCCCCUGGAGGAGGGAGGACUGGGCCAAGAAGGAGGCCCCAGAGGAUGUGCAGACCCGCAGAAGGAGUGAUGACUGGAUCAAGAAGGCCCCAGAGGAGGCACAGACCCCCGAGAGGAGUGAGGACUGGAUUAAGAAGUUGUCUCCAGAGGAGGUGCAGACCCGCAAAAGGAGCGACGACUGGAUUAAGAAGGAGGCCCCAGAGGAGGCGCAGACCCCUGGGUGGAGGGAGGACGGGAUUAAGAAGUUGUCCCCAGAGGAGGCGCAGACCCCUGGGUGGAGGGAGGACUGGAUUAAGAAGUUGUCCCCAGAGGAGGCGCAGACACCUGAACGGAAGGAGCACGGGAUUAAGAAGUUGUCCCCAGAGGAGGCGCAGACCCCCGAGAGGAGGGAGGACUGGAUAAAGGAGCUGAAGUCGGUGCUCAAAGAGGAGGUACUUUCCCCAAACAGGAGAGAGGAGCAGGUGAAGAAAAAGAAGAAGAAGGUGGUGGUCAUGGACGAAGUGCCCACGUUCAUGCACCAGAGGACAGAGGUGAAGAUAGAGGUGAAGAAAGAGAAGGAGGCGCAGGGGGAGGAGAAGACGCCAAAGAAGUCUGUGAGGCUGCAGAGCCCAACUCCUCACGAGGAAGACAGCGACAGUCCGGACCCCCAGGAGUACGAGAUCUCCCUCUAUGUCAAGGCUGGCAGUGAUGGUGAGAGCAUCGGGAACUGUCCGUUCUCCCAGCGCCUCUUCAUGAUCCUGUGGCUGAAGGGAGUUAUCUUCAACGUCACCACAGUUGACCUCAAAAGGAAACCGGCGGACCUGCAGGACCUGGCCCCGGGGACCAACCCUCCAUUCGUCACAUUUAACGGGGAGGUGAAGGUCGACGUCAACAAGAUAGAAGAGUUCCUUGAGGAAAAGCUCACGCCACCACGGUACCCCAAGUUGGCGACUAAUCACCCAGAGUCAAACACCGCAGGUAUAGAUGUGUUCUCCAAGUUCUCUGCCUACAUCAAGAACCCCCGCAAAGAUACCAACGACGGCCUGGAGAAGGCCCUGUUGAAGUCUCUGAGGCGGCUGGAUGAAUACCUGAGGACCCCCCUGCCGGAGGAGAUCGAUGCCAACAGCACAGAAGACCCUCAGGAGUCCACACGCUGCUUCCUGGAUGGACCUGACCUCACACUGGCAGACUGCAACCUGCUGCCCAAACUACACAUUAUAAAGGUGGUGGCCAGGAAGUACCGUGGCUUUGAGAUCCCGGCGGAGAUGGCGGGGGUGUGGCGCUAUCUGAACCACGCCUACAAGAGGGAAGAGUUUACUAACACCUGUCCUGUUGAGCGCGAAAUCGAAUUUGCCUACAUAGAUGUGGCCAAACGAAUCAAAUAGCGACAGGGGGAGGAGGGAGAGACUGAGAAGGCCCAAUCCCAAAUUGUGUGUGUGUGCGUGUGUGUGUGUGUGUGUCUUUGUGCACUCACAGGUUGGGUUGCACGGCACUCAUAUGUAGUGUCAUGGCUGCUGUGAUUGUAAGACCACUAGACAGAGAGGUCUGCAUCCAUUUCACAUCCAGUCCUUUUGGCCAAAGCCCUCUGCGGUGUACUAUAAUACAGCUGUAUGGUGUCAUUGAAGACACAGCCACUGUUAGACUAGUACACUGUACACUGAUAGUACUAUCCACUAUCUGCAACAUUGUAAAACUGUCCUAAAGCAGCCAUAAGCAUUCAUUAGAGUGUUAUAACCUCUGUGUCUUAGAGGUAUAGCAGAGCACAGGUAGACAUGCCAUACUUAUAUGAAUAUGCAACACUUUGGCCUUGACCACAGUAUUAACCUAUAUAUAAAAAUGAACAUACACAUACUUUAUAAAUGAACUUUUCAUUCAUUUCUCCCCCGUGUUAUUUUGGCUGUCUAUGGGUGAAUAAUAAUCAAUAGUAAAAAGCUUUUUGAUGUCAAGGUCUGACUUAUCUAUUUGUACGUUUUGUAAAAGCAAAUCUGCUUUAAUACCAUUUAUAUCGAAUUCUAUUGACCAUAACAGGAUUGUGGGUGGGGCUUUCUGUUGAGAAGCUCACCUGUUUGGGCCUUCCUGGACAUGCAGGUUGAAUCGGAAGCCAUUUUGAUUGUGGCGGAAGUGUGUACUGUAUCUCUCUAUGCACCAAACAAAUACUGACACAACCCUGUGUACUCGCCUUAUAAUCCUCACCAGAGGAGACUUUAUUAAACUGAUUUCAGAACAGU